AUGUAUGCGCAGUUGAAAUGUCGAGCCAAAAAAGAGUCUGACAGAAAAGAAACUGGAGGGGGGCCUCCAGCUGUAUUAACCACAGUGGAAGACCUGGUCAUAGAUGGCAUCCGCGACAAGCCACAGCUGAUUGGCAUUCCGGGUGGCAUUGAUUCAGGCGUGGCUGAUGUUGCUGAGAUGGCAGACACUGAUGAAGCCUCAGCCAAGUGUACACUAACUGUUGCUGAGUGUACAUCAAAGCCUGCAACUGCCUCGAAUGUAGCCACUUCUUCAACAUCAAGACCAUCAAAAGAAUCGUUGAAAAAGAGAAAGAGAAACAGAUGCUAUGAAGAAGAGCUACUUAAGCUGGAAACAAGACGUGCACAGGCUGAGUUGGACCUGCUGUUGCAGAGGCAACAGCAGGAAAAACAGCUACAUGAUCUUAGAAUUAAGGUGAUCACAGAGGCUGCAGAGCAAGAGAGACAACUUUUUACUUUAAAAAAAGAGUUGUUAAACUCAAAUAUAAAGUCUGCAAUGGAUCAAGGCCUUCUUUUGUUUGAAUCUUAAACUUAACAUGUUUCUAGGGGCAUAUCGACUGCUAAUAGACAAGUUAAAUAGCUAUUAUUUGCAGAAACAGCUACAUAGGACUGAUUUAUGCAUGUUUUAUUAAUUAAAUGUAUAAAUAAUGUGUGACACUCAAAUAUGAAUAAGUGAAACACCACUUACCAUAAAUAAAGGACCAAGUUUGGUAAAUGAUGAAAGUGCUAUACUGAUGGGCAGCUGGUGUUCCACUUAUUCAUAUUUUAAUGUCAUACAUUAUUUAUACAUGUAAUUCACAUAGCAUGCAUGAAUCAGUCCUUUGUAGCUUUUGCUGCAAAUAAUAUCCAUUUAACUUGUUGUUAGCAGUCAAUAUGCCCCUUGAAACAUGUUUGACUCAAGAUAUAAUUGUGUCCGGUGAAAUAUUUAAAAUGCAUUUGUCUUUAGCAUUUAAGACACAUUUCCAGUUUCCAAUAUACCUGUUUAAAUGAAUAAUACUGUUGAUAUGCCUAUUCUUUUGUUCUAACUUGUCUUUCUUGAUCUGCAGCCUCGGUGAUCCUUCUCUUAUCUUUUUGCUAUUGAUAUAAUACUUUGUUAGUUUAUCAUUAUGUGAAUGAAUCUUUGUUUAGUUAUCUUCAAAUUGACUGUGAAUGUUUUGUGAUCAGAUUCAUAGGUAAAACGUUUUUCGAUUCUUUUCUUAAGUUUGAGUCUUACAUUUUAGACUAAAAAAAGUUGGUGAAUCCAAACCCUGAUAAUUUCAUUAAUGAUUUUUUAUGCUCCCCUUUGAAGAAGAGGGGGUAUAUUGUUUUGCACAUGUCGGUCGGUCGGUCCGUCCAUCAUUUGGUUUCCAAAUUAUAAGUAAAGAGUGCUUAGGCCUAGUAUCAUAAAACUUCAUAGGUACAUUUAUCA